AAGCGAAACGUUUGGUUCGAUAGUGUCGCGAACGUCUGCGGAGCGCGAGCAGACCGAGCCGAGUUGGGCCUGUGCGGUUUGCACUCGCGUACGUCGAAGGCGGAAAGUGUGAUUCGUGUUUCGCGCGAGAAGCGAGUGAUGUCGACAAUUUCGUUUGGGAGCGAACCGGGUUUCGAGAGAUGAGUGUUGUUCACCAAGGCGCUUGAUUUCCCCCGGCUUCCGUUUCUUGGCAAGUGUCCUUCUAAAUGCCGACACGCCGCAACAUAAAUGCCGGUGGCGUGUAAAUGAAGCGGCGACGUAUAUCGCGCGUCGAGGGGAGGGUAUCGUCCGCUGUAACCGCGACAGCGGCAUCGGCAGCGGUUGCGGCGGCGGCGGCGGCGACGACGACGACAGCGGCGGUAGCGGCGGCGGCGGCGGGGGCGAUGGGAAUGGCGCGCAAAUGCUGCGUGCGUAGCUGCGAGGCGGACGUGCAGGAGGCGCGCGCCAAAGGACUGCCGUUUCACAAGUUUCCCAAGGACGCCGCGUUGCGGGACAGGUGGUUGGCAAGCGGCGGAUUUGAGGAGAGUUUCAAACCGACGCCGGGACAGGUCGUCUGCCAUAGACAUUUCAAAAGCGCCGACUACGAGACCGUUCGCGGCGGUCACAAAUUCCUGCUCAAGAAGGGCAGCGUUCCCUCGGUUUUUGCGGAUCAUGACACUCGUUCCGAGUUAUCAAAGUUGGAGCAUUCUGCCUCACCAUUAUCGUCAGAAGCGAGAACACCUAAAUCAGAUAGUUGUGGCGAGACCUGUUACUCAAGACCGGAAUCAUCUGCGGACUCCUUAACCAGCUUGGAAGUAGCGGAUAACGAAUUUAAAAUGACAACUCCGAAGGAAGAAAUGAAAGACAAACUCUCUGAAAAUUCUGACAGCAAAUUGAACACGGUGGCGAUGCAACUUGGUAUUGUUGAGUCAGGAACAACAAUGGAAACCAAUACCAAAGAUCUAAUGUUAAAGGAAGAAUUGAAGACCAUUGAAUUGUGUCCGAACAACAAGGAGUUUCAGAAAACGGAGGAAUUAAAACCGAAAGUUUUAAAUUGCGGUGGAUUAGACUUUUCUCCCGGUGCCAAAUUGGAAGCAAAAGACUUCAAUGAAAAAUGGUAUUCUGCAAAAGUGGUGGAAACAGAUUGGGACGAAAGAGAAGUUUUAAUACAUUUUGACAAGUGGAGUUCAAGAUUUGACGAGUGGAUACCAAUGGAUAGUUCCAGACUUCGACCAGCGAACGACCAACUGUGGAUCCUGCCGUCUUUGGAAACGGAGUAUUUGGUGGGAGAAAGGAUACUUGCUACAUGGGCAGACGGUAGAAAAUAUCCAGCAAAAGUCCGUGCGAUUUUGCCGAAUGAUAGGUAUAACGUGUUGUUCGAUGAUGGAUACGAGAAGAUCAUCAAGUCAUCGAAAAUGGAAAAAAUCGCCGCAACUCCAACCAAGCAAUUGAAUGAAGCAGACGGAUAUAUUGGCAGCAAGCAAGAAAGAAGAGAUAAGAAAAGGAAACACACAGUUAUGGAAUUGUUUCAUUCGAGAAAACGUACAAAAUCAGACAAAAGUACUGCUGAUAAAAUACCAAAGAAAGAAGAGACUAUCGUGAAAGAAAGUGAGGAAACUUAUGUAGAAAACAAGAUCAAAGUGGACGGCACGCUCUAUGAUGCUUGCUACGAUCCGGGUACAGAUUUAUUAAGAGGCUUCGAUGUGGCCAAUCCUGCAAAACUUAAAUCAUAUUCAAAGAAAAGCAAGAAAGAAACACCCAAACUUGACACAGAUCUGGAAGAAGAUGUCGGACCUGAAUGGAUCGACGGAGAACCACAAGGGAUAGAGGCUUAUAUUGUAGACGGUAACGACGGACCACGUCGAUCUAUAAUAGUGCCAGACAGAAGACUACCUCCUGGUUGGGAAAAGCACUUCACUCAAAGAAAAACUGGUUCGUCUGCUGGGAAGUGGGACGUUUUAUUUAUACAUAAACAGACUGGGAAAAAAUUUCGAUCCAGAAAUGACAUCAGAGUAUUUAUGGAGAAUCAAGGACAAUACGAUUUUGAUCCUGAAAAAUUCGAUUUUUGUAUACACCGCAGAAAACGGAAUAAUGUUCAUCGCGUGAAACACGAUGUUACACCAGAAGUACCAAAGAAAAUAAAAACUUUAUUACCUAAAACAAAACCACACACAGUGCCUACGUCCGAAAAUAUGUUACUCACUACAGUAACAAACAGUAGUAUUGAUAGUCCAUUCAAUACUUCUACUUCAACUCCUACAACUUCCGCUGAUGGCGAGAUGAUCUAUUCGGUUUUCAUCGGAUUAUGUGGCGGACUUCGCGUGGAAAUGGAAGAUAAUGCUUAUAAGUGCCCUAAGGAAGGAUGUAAUAAAAACUUUCGAAAAGAAAAUUUAUUGCAAAUGCAUAUUAAGCAUUAUCAUCCUGAAUAUUCUAAGUUCCUGGGAUCCACACCAAAAGUUGAAGAUUUGGCCUACGCAAGAACAAUUGGAGAAUCCAUAGAAGAUAUUAUUCCAAAAAAAUCGUCAACGUUCUUGGAGAAAAUAAACAAAUUCGGAAAGAAAAAAUCUCUACCGGAAAAGUCAUCGCCCGGUUUGUUGCAACAAUCGACAUUGAACACUGUACAACCGUCAUCUCCCUCGAUAUCAAUUGCGCCGGAACUGGACGAGGAAAUUGAUCAGUCAGAGAAGUGCAGUGAUUUGCAAAAAGAAGAUAUGAAAAUCGAGACAAUGUCUUCGAUAUCCAAUCAUAGCGUGGAAAUAGAUGAAGAUGUUGAAAAGAAAAGAGAGAAUAACUGUGCGUUAUCGCCUGGUACAUUGUUUGACAUGAAAGUCAAAGAGGAAAAACCGCAAGGUGGAAUCAAAACAUUGUUGCCUGUGAGACCACCUGGAUCAUCGGAGAUACAGAAAUCUGACAAGGUGAAAUCUCUGGACGAAACACCGCACAUCGAGCGUCCCAAGAUGCAAAAGAAAAAGCAACUUCCUGAGCAUGGCAUGAACUUGCCAGCUAAGGGAAAGAAACGACACGGUAUAUCAGAUCUUGCCGAUAGCUUUGGUGAUCUGGACGACAGUGCUAUGGACGCCGAGGGACCUACCGCGCUUAUGUACAGAUAUAGCAGGAGAAAAUCCGACUCCAAGAGUGACGAAAAUAGCCAAAAUAGUCAACUAAAUGAUUCUCGCAUUGAAAAAAGUGAUCCCUUAAAAGGGGAUGUAACCAAAACAGAUAUUAAUAAUGAUACAGAAGAAAGCGAAGGAGUGAUGAUGAUGAUCAAUGGCGAAUUGGUCAAAGUAGAACAACUUCGGAAAGAGGAAAUAAUAAAUUGCACUUGUGGCUAUAUGGAAGAAGACGGCCUAAUGAUACAAUGUGACCUUUGUCUCUGUUGGCAACACGGUCACUGUAAUGCAAUUGAAAGGGAACGGGAUGUUCCUGAAAAAUACAUUUGCUACAUAUGCCAACAUCCGUAUCGUCAAAGACUGUCUAAGAAAUAUUUUCACGAUCAGGAUUGGAUUAAAGAAGGAAAAUUGCCAAGUUUAUCUAAUCGAUCACGGAAUCAGUAUGUAAUAAAUCAAAGGACUGCGACGCUGAAACGUUCCUAUGAUCUAGUUGCGGCACUUUUACAAAUACAACGACUUCUUCAUAGUCUGCGUGUAAAAAUCAAUGUGGCUCAAAAGAAAGAUCAUCCUAAAUUAUAUCUGUGGGCGAAGAACUGGGAGAAGACGGAUUUACCAAAAAUAGACAUCGAACCGGUACCCAUAAUGGAAAUAACGAAAUCAACUGGCGGCACUGACACGGGAUCGGAGAAUUUACGACACACCGAGAUAAAAACGGAAGUCAAGUCGUUCAUAAAAGACGAUCAAGAUGAAAAAUCAAUUGCUUCGGAUUCGGAAUUAAUGAAAAUUUUGGAAGAGGACAGCACACAUUCUGACGAGUCCAAAAAGGAAGACUUGAUGAGUUCGCAAGAUAGUCAUAUACUUUUAGACGCGUUAACAAGCGGCAGUUCUGACGCAAAAGAAAAAAAUAACGUGCAAGAUGUUAUAUCAGACGUUAAAACGGAGAGCACAGAUCUGUCAACCGAGAAAACCACAAUCGAUUCUACAUCGGAGAAGCUUAACUCAGAACCGCUUAGUAACAGUAUGCAACAUGAGUCGAGUACAGCUGGUGUAGAAAACGAAAUUUCGACGCCACUGCAACCUUUCAUACCGGAGCCCGAGGCACCGAUCGAUCCAACUGAAUGUCGAAUGAGAUUGUUGGAGCACAUUGAACAUUUUCAAUGUCACAUCGAUUCCAAGUUGACAUCAAUAGAAGCACAAAUUUGUGCUCUGGAGGCAAUGGAUACGGAUGAAUUCGCAUCAGAUCCGCAAGUUCAACCUCGUACCAAACAAACAGUUCAGAUGUUACUUCGCGAUUUGGUUACACUCAGAAAAUUAGCGGCGUUAUGCUGAAGAUGUUAACAAAUUCAACACACAUAUAUAUAUAUAUAUAUAUAUAUAGGUAGAAAAUAUAAAAGUUGAUCUAUAAAUAUUUCUUAUACUGGCGUAACAAUGAGUAAAUUGAUAUGUGCGUAUGUGGGUGUUCACGUUGUGUGUGUGUGUAUUAGUUGCUGCGUAUGUGAAAAAGUAAUAUAUGAUGUAAUAUAUUAAAUCUACAAUUAAAUGAUAUUUUUGAACGUUGUUAACGUGUGUAUUGCAUCUUGACAUGUGAUAGAUAGAUGAUGUCAAUCCUCACAUUUCACGUUUUUGUUUAUUUAUAU